AUGGAAAUGCAUGAUGCUUCCGGGGCGCUGCCAUUUGAUAUUCGUAAGGUGCAGCAAAGAUAUACAUUCACGUCAAGGCAAAGAGAGGUAUUACUGAAACAUUUUAACAAUGGAAUGACUUGCCAGAGCCAAGCUUACCAUGAAAAAAUCAUGACCUGUGCGAGAGAAGCUGAGGUAGACUUUGAUAUUGUGCGGAAUUGGAUUGGGAAUGUCCGCCGUAAAAUGAGAAUAGAGGCAAACAAGAUGCAAUCUCCAUCAGGCGGCAUGAUGAUGGGGGACAAUUGUGAACCUAAACUUCCACGGCUUGAGGACUUGCAGAACCUUUUUGGUAACCAGCCUGCAAAACCUAUGCAAGGAGCAAUGUUAAGAACAUCUGUUGGAUUCUCCCCACCUCUCAGUCAUCCGCCUCAACUUAGUAUCCCUAGUAUGAACUUACAAACACAGCUAGGAAACCAUCAACAGCUGAUACUUACGGAGGAUUCUGCUGUCAGCAUGGCAAAUGCUGCUGCCGCUAACCCCGUGUUCAACGCUAAACCUUCUCCUCAUCCAAUGCAGAUUACUAAAGUUGUAUCAAACACAAACAAUGAAAGAGACAGACCAUCAUCUUCAUCUACUAGCUCCAUGGUCAGUUCAGCAGCAGUUCAUUCAGCAGGGCCACAGUCAACAGCACAAACUAUUUUCUUUUCAAAUGAGAAGGAAAUUCGUGAAAAUGAUAUUAGGCGAACGAUGGGUAAUAUACAACAAUCU